AAACAACAUCCCCAAUGCAAUCACAAUCUUUCCAUUCCUUUUGGUCCCCAUUUUCAUAACCCCACCCACCCACUCACCCAAAUUCCUUGUUUUCAUCGUAAUUAAAUUAGUAUCCCAUCAAGCUAGCUAGGUAGAGAUAGUAAUGGCUGAAACUCAUAAUUUCUUGCGCUUCUCAACAUUGCUUUUGGUAUUCCAAUUAGGCUUCUCAUGGAGUGAUGUAGCAACCCCACCUCUGCCAAUUCCUCCAUUGCCAUCAUAUUCCCAAUUGAAAUGGCAGCAACGAGAGAUGAUAAUGUUCCUCCAUUUUGGUGUCAACACCUUCACCGAUAGAGAAUGGGGCACCGGGCUGGAAAGCCCGUCUCUAUUCAAUCCAACGGGCCUCAACGCCAACCAAUGGGCCGACACUGCGGCUGAAGCCGGCGUCUCGUUGAUGAUUCUGACGGCCAAGCAUCACGACGGAUUCUGCUUGUGGCCCUCAAAAUACACUGAUCACUCUGUGAUGGGAAGCCCUUGGAAGAAUGGGAGGGGAGAUGUGGUGAGAGAGUUCGUGGAUGCGGCCAAGGCCCGCGGAAUCGAUUCGGGCCUUUACCUUUCGCCAUGGGAUCGCCAUGAUCCUAGAUAUGGACAUGAUAAGCUCUACAAUGAGUAUUAUUUGGCUCAGUUGCAAGAACUUCUCAACAGAUAUGGCGAUGUGAGAGAGAUAUGGUUCGAUGGAGCAAAAGGUUCGAAUGCAAAAAACAUGAGGUAUUACUUCAAGGAUUGGUUUUCGAUGGUGAGGGAGCUGCAGAGCAGCAUAAAUAUAUUCUCCGACGCCGGCCCCGACGUCCGGUGGGUAGGAGAUGAGAAAGGAUUCGCCGGGAGCACAUGCUGGUCCACCAUUAAUGCCACAUCUCUAUCAAUUGGCAACGCUACCAUU